AUGACGGAGUACUGGGUCUCUCAGGCCCGCCACUGGUGCGAGUACUGCAAGAUCUUCAUCAACGGCUCCAAGCCGUCCAUCGCCUUCCAUGAGAAUGGGCGCAAGCACAAGGAGAUCGUCGAGCUCUUCAUGAAGGACAUGCGCAAGCGCGGGCGCGAGCGGCGGCACGAGGAGCAGGAGGUGAGCCGCGAGCUGCAAAAGAUCGAGCGCGACGCGAUGCGCCAGUACAUGAAAGACGCGGGCCCUGGCCCUCGCUCCGGCGGCGGUGGUGCGGUCGCAGCGGUGGGCGGCGGGCCGGCGGACCGGGCUGCGCGGCUCGCCGAGUUGGAAGCGCGGCUCGCUUCGGCGAAGCAGCAGCAGCUGGGCG